AUGUCGGGUACGUACACUUCUUCUUCGUCUGCUAACGGCCCAGUCACCGGUGGCAAUCUCAAGCAGCCUCUCACUGCUGACGAGAAGAAAUUCUACAGCCAAAUCUUCAAAACGCUCGAUCUCAAGCACACGGGCCUGCUUUCCGGACUGUCUGUGAAGCCUUUGUUAGAGGCGUCCAAUCUGAGUCCGCCAGUACUGGGAGAAAUAUGGAAUAUUGCAGACCCGGACAACAAAGGGUCGUUGGACCAGUUUGGGUUCUGUGUGGCAAUGAGACUGAUUGGACACAUUCAGAACGGCGCGGUGCUCGGUCCAGAGCUUGCGCAGAACGUCCCACCUCAGCUGGCCAAGUUCAAUUCCAUCCCAGUUAACACCACGGGCGGAAGUCUGCCUGUGAACGCCACUGGGUCGCGGGUCUCGUCGGCCUCGUCCGUGGACUCGCAGCAGGUCGUUGUUCCUGUUCUGACGCCCCACCAAGCGGCUAGUUUCGGUGCCAUGUUUGACAAAGCUGCUCCCGGCGGUGUUCUACCCGGAGUCCAGGCCAGAGACAUUUUUCUCAAAGCCAGACUGCCUACACAGAUUCUGGAGAAAAUAUGGAACCUGGUCGAUCAGAAACAGACCGGUCAGCUUGGCAGACCGCAGUUCAUCGUGGCUAUGCACCUGAUCCAGAGUUUUCUCAACAAGUCCAUGACCAUCCUUCCUGCUGUCAUUCCAGAGCCGGUCUGGGCCGUGGCCUCCAACCCGUCGCAGCCGCAGUCACCUCUUUUGCAACAAGCUUCUGGCGGCUCUAUUGGCUCGGGCUCUGCCAACUUCAGCGCCUGGACCAUGUCUCCGCAGCAGAAACAGCAAUACGGCGCCGUCUUUGACAAUCUGGACAAAUCCAAGCAGGGCAAGGUUUCCGGCGACGAGGUUGCCAAGUUCCUCAUGACGUCAAAGCUGCCAAACGAUACGCUGGCCACCAUCUGGGAACUGGCCAAUUUGGACGGCUCCGACUCAUUCAACAAGCAGGAGUUCUCCAUUGCCAUGUACCUGGUGCAGAAGAAAUUGGCCGGUUUCGAGCUCCCAGAAGAGACUCCGGUCUCGCUGAUCCAGACCAGCAAGUCCACAGACAGUCCCCAGGUCCAUUCUGCUUCCCAAGUGCCACCCCCACUGCCUGCUUCUCCUUCUGCUCCCCAGCAGGCCGUCAGCCCUUCUAAGUCGCACAUGGACGACCUGAUGGACGUUUUUGUCCAGCCUACACGUGCGGCCUCGAAGCCAGCCGUGCCUCCUGUCCCUGCGUCCCGCUCUGCCCAUGUAGAGUCCAACACCACGGGUCACGGUGGUUUUGUUCCGACGUCGAACUUUGGCCGCCAGCUGCAAAGCCAGCACACGGCCGCGGACGAGUCCUCUGACGACGACGAGGGUCCAGAGGACCUGGACCAUCGGCCAUCCAGACCUGUUCCGCCAGCCAUCCCGGGCCGUGCUCAGAAGCCCCAUUUCGACGAGACAGACUCUCAGCCACCUUCUCUCCCAAGACAGCCUACUGCUAAUUACGAAGCCCUGAGAAGCGUGGCCAGCCCAGUUAUCGAGUCCAAAGACGCGUCUCCAGCUCCGUCGCCGGCGCAGUUCACUCAGCAGCCGGCCAGCAGCCUGGAAUUCACCAACCAACCGCAGCCACCGGCACGCACCUCGUCAACAGACAGAGACGUCUCGAAUCAGCUUUCGCAGGCGUCUGUGGACAUUGCAAAUUUCUCUAACCAGAUCAACUCUCUGACAAUCCAAACUACAAACGUGAACGCCAAGAGAGACAAGGCGCAGAAAGAACUAGCCAGAAUCAUGAAGGUGAAAGAGGGAAUUGAGUCGAAACUCUCGCAGCUGAAGACGCUCUACGAGCGCGAGGUGCAGCAGGUGCAAGAGGUGGAGGAGGUGUUGAUCAAGUCGCGCAACGAGUCGGACUCUUUAAAACAGGAGCUGGCUCUUGCCGAGGCCAAUUACCACUCGGAACAGUCCAAGCUCCAGAAACUGCAGCUGGAGGUCGAGGAGACCCAGAAGGGUAAUCAGACGAUGAAGGAGCGGCUCGGCGUGCUAAAUGCUGAGUCGAUCGACUUGAACCAGCAGAUCGAGUCGCUGUCACAGAAACUGACGCAGUCGCAGAAGAUGCUUGCCGUGACAACGCAACAGGUGGCCUCGCAGGAAGAAGAAAACAACCAGCUGAGAUCGAAAAUUGAGUCUGUGAUCCAGUCGAUUAGCGAGAUCGAGCUGAAACAUUCGCAGCUGCUUACGAGAUCUGCAGAGCUGGAAGAUGAAAAUUACGACCUUCACGAGAAACACGGUGACUACAGUGCCCAGUUUGCAGAGAAAAACCUCAACUUUAGUACUGCUCUUGCUUCCGGCGCUGGUUACCUUGCUGCCCAGCACGAGAAGUCCGUCGACGAGCAAGACAACGAGGAGUCUGAGGAGCAGGAGGUGCCAACGUCUACGCUGCAGAAUUUCGACGAGACCGAAUUCUCUGUGCCAAGCGCACAAGACUUGAGAAGAGAGGCCACCGAGUCUGUCUCAAACACCACCGGUUUCGACUCGUCGACCAAGUCCCGUUCGGAGCCAGCCACUUCACAGACCUCGGAGCUGGACGACGGGUCCCAAACCCAGCAGCAGUUCUCGCUUCCGUUUGGCAUUCCUCACUCGGAAACGUCCUCCAUCCAAAACAAUCCGUCGCAGUCUGUCAGGGGCGACUUUGACUUGCCGGACUCGCCUACUUCCACCAUCGAAGAGGAAUCUGCUCCGCCUGUGCUGAGCUCUCAGAUCCUGCCGGAAGGAACAGAGGACGUUCCGGAGCCUAUAUCAUCAAACGAGAAUGGUGAGUCGUUCGAGAUGGUUAACCACGACGAUGCCAAGGACUCAGCUCCUCAGGAGCCUGCCCCUCACUACACGAUGCCUGGAAGUUUGCCGGGCGAGUUUGCACAGAUCGCAGAGAAAGAGCCAGAGUCAAACACCACUACAGAAACCUCAGACACCACAAAGAACGAAGCGGAGGACGAAGACGAAGAAGAAGACGAUUUGUAUUCACCAGCUACUAAGCCCGCCCAGCUUGCCACGGAAACGAACUCUGAGGAGCCAUCAGUUCCUCACGAGAUUCCAGUUCCGGGCAAACCUAAGCCAGACGAGAGCAGCGACGACGAGGAGUUCCACGAUAGUAUUUCGAGCCCGGUCAAGCUGCAGGAGGAAGGUGCGGCCCAGCCGCAAUCUGGCGACAAGUCGUUCAACCCAUUUACAGCACAGAAGAGCGAUAACAUGUUCGACGACCUGGGGCUUGAGGAGGCCCGUCCAGAGGACUCUUUCAACGCUCCGCAGUUCGACGAGUUCAACAGCUUUGAUGCCGGCACGCACGGGUUCUCCUUUUCGGGCCCAUCCGCCCAGGACGCUGUUGAGGCCGGCGCUGGAGCAGGCGCGGUCAAUGACGACUGGGAACAGGUGUUUGCCGGUUUUGGAAACGACCCAAGUCUGCAGCCCGCCACAGAACAUUUCGAAAGCCUGCCACCAUACGAGCCUAGCGAGGCCUUCACCGAACAGCCGUCCAAUUCAAACCCUGUGCCUAGCGACUCCAUCUAUAGCCAGAGCCAGCAAUUAGCCAUUGAGGAGCUGAAGGGAAUGGGAUUUGACGAGAAGAUGGCAGUGGACGCGCUGCAGAAGAACAGUUGGCAGUUGGAUCUUGCCACAAACUUCCUUCUGGACUCUGCCUAA